UGAGCCAUUCGAUUGGAAAGUCCUCUCGAGUGAUCUUUUCUCUUUUCUACAAAUUUAGUUCAUUUUGUAAAGUUAAGUGAUAAUGCUGUGAUUUAGUUUAGGCAACCCGCCAAGAAUACAUUGUGUGUUAAAUAACCAACCAGUUUAAAAUAGACUUUGAGUGCAAAGUUUGGCUAUUUUUUUUUAGGUGGAAAGCAACCAAGGCUGUAAAUCAGUGGUUACUAAGUUUUUGUUUUUUUUUCUGGUGAAAAAUGUCACUUUGUUGGCGUGGCUUGAGUUUGUGUCGUGUGGCACUGCUGCGAAGCAGAUACCAGCAACCGGUGCUGAAAAAUGGCAGAAGUUUUUCGGUCGUUGGCAGUCCUGGCGUGGGAACGUACCUGAGGGAGCAGGCUACUGGUCGAUCGACGCGUUCACCGGCAAAUCGUACACUCCACUCGAUCCAUGACCGCGAGCGUGCUACAAUAUCCGAGCGCAGUCAGUUGAAAUACGCCCGUCGGAUGGUCGUUAAACUAGGCAGCGCCGUCAUUACCCGAGAGGACGAACACGGACUGGCUUUGGGACGGUUGGCGUCCAUUGUCGAACAGGUGGCCGAGUACCACGUGGAGGGACGGGAAUGUAUCAUGGUUACCAGUGGGGCGGUUGCUUUCGGAAAGCAAAAACUAACCCAGGAACUGCUGAUGAGCAUGUCAAUGAGGGAAACUCUAUCGCCGACGGAUCACACCCGACAGGACGCCGGAACGAUGCUGGAACCACGUGCCGCCGCAGCCGUUGGUCAGUCUGGUCUUAUGUCGCUGUAUGAUGCUAUGUUUGCGCAGUACGGUAUCAAGACGGCUCAGGUUUUGGUAACGGAACCAGACUUCUACAACGAAGAGACUAGGAAAAAUCUAUUCAGUACCUUGUCAGAAUUGAUCAGCUUAAAUAUUGUACCGAUCAUUAACACGAACGACGCCGUAAUGCCCCCGAUGUUCAUCGUUGAUCAAGAAGUUUCCGGAACGGGUAAGAAGAAGGGAAUCAAGAUCAAGGACAACGAUAGUUUGGCAGCACUGCUAGCGGCUGAAAUCCAUGCUGAUCUGCUGAUUCUGAUGUCGGAUGUUGACGGAAUCUACAAUAAGCCACCAUGGGAAGACGGAGCUCGACUGAUGCAUACGUACACGCAAGCUGACAAGGACCUAAUCAAGUUCGGUCAGAAGUCCAAGGUAGGAACAGGUGGAAUGGAUUCCAAAGUUACGGCGGCAACAUGGGCUCUGGAUCGUGGAGUGAGUGUCGUCAUCUGCAAUGGUACACAGGAGAAGGCGAUCAAGCAUAUCCUAACUGGACGAAAGGUGGGAACAUUCUUUACAGAAUUCACUGCAGAGAAGGCAACACCCGUUGAGCAGAUGGCGGAGAAUGCUCGCGUGGGCAGUCGAGUGAUGCAAAAUUUGUCGGCCUCUGAUCGAGCACUUUGCGUGAACACUCUGGCCGAUUUGCUGAUAUCAAAGCAAUCGUUCAUUUUGGAAGCCAAUGCUAAAGAUUUGGAUGAAGCGAAAAAGUCAGGGCUUGCUAAGCCGUUGCUAUCGCGAUUGUCCCUAACUCCGGCGAAAAUCGAUAGCUUAGCGAUUGGGUUGAAGCAGAUUGCCGAGGAUAGCCACAAGAAUGUAGGCCGUGUUCUCCGGAGAACCAAACUAGCGGAUGGUCUGGAACUGAAACAAAUAACCGUCCCGAUCGGAGUACUUCUGGUAAUUUUCGAGUCUCGUCCGGAUUCACUGCCGCAAGUAGCGGCUCUAGCCAUGGCUUCCGGAAACGGGUUACUGCUCAAAGGUGGCAAGGAAGCUUCGCACAGUAACAAAGCCUUGAUGGAGCUGGUAAAGGAAGCCCUGGGAGCAGUUGGAGCCACGAACGCCAUCUCUUUGGUAUCGACUCGAGAGGAGAUCACUGAUCUUCUGUGUAUGGAUAAGCACAUUGAUCUGAUUAUUCCACGAGGAUCAAGCGAGCUAGUUCGAAGCAUCCAGCAAAAGUCACAACACAUUCCGGUGAUGGGACAUGCUGAAGGCAUCUGUCACGUGUUUGUCGAUAAGGAUGCCAACCCGGAGAAGGCCCUGAAGAUCAUUCGCGAUUCCAAGUGCGAUUACCCUGCUGCAUGUAAUGCUAUGGAAACACUUCUGAUUCACGAGGACCUGCUGGCUGGUAACUUCUUUAACGAUGCGUGUAACAUGCUCAAGCGAGAGGGAGUUAAAAUCAACUCCGGUCCUAAGUUGAAUCAACUGUUGACCUUUGGACCGCCGCAAGCGAAAUCACUGAAACACGAGUACGGCUCGCUGGAGUGCAGCAUCGAAGUGGUGAAGGACUUGGAGGAGGCAAUCGAUCACGUUCACACAUAUGGUAGCGGUCACACCGAUGUGAUCGUUACAGAAAAUGAUUCGGCCGCUCGUUACUUCCAAAACCAUGUGGACAGUGCAUGUGUGUUUCAUAAUGCUAGCAGUCGGUUCGCCGACGGUUUCCGCUUUGGCCUAGGAGCGGAAGUUGGUAUAUCGACGGCUCGGAUCCACGCUCGUGGACCGGUCGGGGUGGAAGGCCUUUUGACGACCAAAUGGAUUCUGGAUGGAGUGGAUCACGCUGCGGCUGACUUUAGUGAUGGUUCGCGUAAAUGGAUCCACGAAACGUUGUCAGUAGCCUGACUCAUUAAUUUAUUUAAAAUACUCCUUAAUAAGCUGAAGUGCCUGUAGCAAUGUUAAGCCUCCCUCCCUCCCGAUUCGCAUAUCUGCGCAUUAACAUUUCGUUUGUUUUCAAGCCAAUUUACUUUCCUGUAUGUAGAACAUACGUACAUAUCAUUUUCAUGUGAGAAAAAAGACUCAAUAAAAGUUGUUUAAUGAUAGAGAAAA